UCACCCAUGCCUUUUUAGUGUCUUUUGUCAGACAGGCACAUAAUUUACAUAUAUUUCUAUUUCCCUCUUCUCUUCUUCUUCCUCCUUCAAUGUCACUCUCUCGACAAGGUGUCCGAUCGCUGCGACCACGCCUACUCUUACGAUCAACAACCACUAGAACUCCAGCAGCAACUUCUUUUUCUUCUACUACUACACAACGAUUUCAAAGUCGCUAUUGUCGACAUGUCUCGACAGUCUCCAAUACCAAGCGUCAUGAACUCCACAACAACAACAGCACAGACAGCACCAACAAUGAAUACCUACGAUUAAUUUUCGACGAUAAAAAUGUUUGGAACGAGCAGCGUCAAUCAUACGCUAAUGAACAUCCUGUUGGUUUAUUGGGCAACCCGCAUUUCACAAGCAUUGCCGGGUUUGAAUAUGCAGCACAACAAGCGAUCCAGCGUGCACAGCUCAUUGUUGAACGUAUCUGGCAUGCACCAGAAAACGGACGAUCUGAAAUGCGUCGAGUGGUUAAGAAUCUCGAUCGUUUGUCCGAUACGCUCUGUAGUGUGAUUGAUUUGGCUGAAUUCUUACGGAACGCACAUCCGGGCGAAGAAACCAUGGAAGCGGCCAACAAGGCAUACAUGGAUUUGUGCUAUUAUAUGAACACACUGAAUACCGAUACCCGGAUGCACAAGGUCUUGGCCCAAGUAUUGGCCGAUCCAAGCAUUGUACAAGAAUUCACAGCAGACGAACACGCAGCCGCCAUUGUAUUCUUGCGCGAUUUCGAAAAAUCUGGCAUUCACUUACCUAAUAAGCAACGAGAAAAGUUUGUCGAACUAUCCGAUCAAAUUAUCCAACUGGGCAGAGAGUUCGUACAACGCGACCCGCGUGGGGUACAGCGUAUAAGAAUCGAUCCAAAAUCAUUGAACGGUCUCGGUCAAAGCAUGGCACGCGCCGGCAGUCUGGACAAGGACGGCUAUCUGCAUCUCCCGACGGAUUCGCAAGAGUGUCAGCUAAUUCUCAAGUAUGGCGAGAAUGAAAAUGUCCGAAGGCAGGUCUAUGAAGCAGUCAACUCGGCCAACGGAGACAGCGUGGCUAUUUUGGAACAUCUCAUGAAGACUCGCGCAGAAUUGGCCAACCUAGUGGGCAAGAGCUCGUUUGCAGAGCUGCAAUUACAGGAUAAGAUGGCAAAAAAUCCAGAGAACGUAGAUGCAUUUUUACGAACGUUACUGCGCCAUCAGGAGCCAGCAUCGGAAAGCGACGUGCGCAUGUUGCAAGAAACAAAAGAACGUGCCAUGCGGCUAUCAAGUCUCCCCACUGUCAACGCAUGGGAUCGAGACUAUUAUAUGCACGUGUACGACGUUCUUGAUCGCCAAUCGCAAGGCACAGCGCCGCACAUGCCAUAUUUUUCCGUGGGCUCUGUCAUGCAAGGGUUAUCACGAUUAUUCAACCACUUGUAUGGUAUUCAGUUUGUUUCUGGUGCAGUGAACCCGGGCGAAUUAUGGCACGAUGAUGUGCGCAAACUGGACGUUGUUUGUGAACAAGAAGGUAAAAUCGGCACCAUCUACUGCGACCUCUACUCUCGGGCGGGUAAGACGACUAAUGCAGCACACUACACGGUCCGCACAUCACGACGCGUUGACGACGACGACGCUGAUCACGAUAUUAAAUUCGCGUUCCCACAACAGAACAUUUCGGCCGAGCAUUUCAUGCCACCUGUACCACAAUCUGCCAGCACGAUCCGCGGACGAGACGGUCUGUAUCAACUUCCAGUGAUUGCGCUGACGUGCGAUUUCAACAAUACAAAGAACGGCACAGCGAUGCUAUCGAUGUUUGAGAUCGAGACACUGUUCCAUGAAAUGGGACAUGCGAUGCACUCGAUGCUCGGCCGGACCGAUUUCCAUAAUGUUGCUGGCACACGCUGCGCAACAGACUUUGUGGAACUACCCUCAAUCUUGAUGGAGCACUUUAUCUGGCAUCCAGAAGUGAUUCCACUUCUAUGUAAAGAUCCAAGCAAAGCACCUUCAGCCAGCACGAUCCAAUCCUAUCUCCAACAACGAAGACGGUUCAAUGGCAUUGAAACCAACAGUCAGAUCUUGAUGGCACUGCUGGAUCAAAAAUACCAUUCGACGUUGGCGACCAAGCCGGACUUUUCGAGCGUCAAGACCUGGCAUUCCCUUCAAGAUAAGGUUGGCUUGUUCCCAAGCGCGCCGGGUACCAUGUGGCCAGUCCAGUUUGGCCAUUUGUUUGGCUAUGGCGCAGGAUACUAUUCGUACCUGUUUGAUCGCACAGUGGCGAGACGCGUGUGGCAGAAAUGCUUUUUGCAGGAUCCGUUGAAUCGUGAGCAGGGACUCGCAUUUAGAGACAAGUUGCUCAAGUGGGGUGGUGCACGUGAUCCAUGGCAGUGUGUUGCGGAUGUAUUAGGCGAACAAGACGCUGAGCGGAUCGCAAGUGGUGAUGAGCAGUCCAUGCGAACGGUUGGUGACUGGGGCAUCGAUGUAUAAAUUUUGUAUGUAGCCUUUUCUAUGUAUGCAAUAUAACAAUUAAACGCAGAUUUGGUUUGUCCAUUAAAACAUAGUAUUUGCCCACAGCAGCAGUAAUGGGAUCAGAAAUC